AUGGACCAUUCAAAAGAACUCGAUGUGGCAGGUGUCCACCUCGAAAGGCUGGGAGACAAAAAGCAAGAGGAUGGCGGUACGAACGAACAUGCUCGGGAGAUCCAUGAAUUCGAAAACCGUCAGAUCGACUUUGCUACAAUCAUGGCAGUAGUCAGCCUGGCAUUCUCAUACGAGGCCCACCUGCUGUCUUUUGUCUUGCCUGUGACGAUCCUUCUCACCAUCAAUGCAGACAUCGGGCCUUCCACGUCAAUCAACUGGGUUGCAACGGCGAGUUCAUUGUCGAUUGCCGUCAUCCAAACCGUGGCAGGGAGUUGCAGUGAUAUCUUUGGCAGAAGAAAUUUCACGAUCUUGGGCAAUUUACUAGGGCUUGUUGGCUGCAUCACAGCUUCAAGGGCAAAUACCGUCGCGGUAGUGAUCGGAGGCAUGGUCCUUCAGGGUAUCGGUGCAGGACCACAGCAACUGGCCUAUGCUGGAGCCAACGAGAUUGUACCCAAGAAGAAUCGAGGCGAAACAGCAGCGUUUCUGAGUUUGGCUGCACUUCCGGGUUCUGCCUUUGGUUCGGCCAUUGCUUACGCACUCGUCGCUCGCUUGAACUGGAGAUGGGCAUACUACGUCGGUGCCAUCGCUAACGGCGUGGCUUUGAUUCUUACGAUUGCUUUCUAUUGGCCACCAAGCUUCUUCACCCUACAUCCAGACGUGACAAGCCAGCUUCAACAGCUCAAAAAACUGGACUGGAUUGGCCUUCUUCUUUUCGCCGGUGGUCUAACAAGCUUCCUGCUCGGCGUUCAAUUCGGUGGCAACCCUUAUAAAUGGACGAGCGCCACUGUUUUGGCUCCCUUGAUCAUAGGUGCGGUGGCUGUAUUCAUCCUCUUCCCACUCGAUUUCCCUCAAAUAUCACCGUGCUGUGCCCUCCGAAAAUGUUCAAGAAUGUUCGAGGGUUCACGAUUCCCAUUUUUGAUUAGCUUGCAAGUCCUAUGGCCACAAGAAAUACAUUCACUGUUCACAACAAAACCGCAGACAAUCGGAUGGUACAGUCUUGCUUACAAUUGUUCCGCAACCUUGGGUGCAAUUGUUUCUGGGGUGCUUUUCGCUCGUAUCAAGCACAUCAGGUGGCAAUUUUUCACCAUUGCAGUCCUCCAAUGUUCCUUCACGGCUUCAGCAGCAUCGAUUACUCAGCAUACUCCGGCGAGAGCCAUUGUGCUGAUAGCCAUGGGUGCAUUUUGCGUGGGAGCUUCUCAGGUUCUGGCCACUCUGAUUGUCCAGUUCGGAGCCGAAGACCAUCAGAUAGGGGUUGCGACAGGUUUGUCGGGAACAUUUCGAGCGACCGGCGGUUCCAUUGCAAUUGCAAUCUAUUCCACCAUCAUCCGUUCAUACCUUACUGGCCAUCUCGGGAAAAAUGUCUCGAACGCGGCUUUGGCAGCUGGACUGCCAGUGUCCUCCCUUCCAUCAUUCUUGAAGGCACUGCUGGCACAAAGCGCAACAGCUCUCAAAACUGUCAAGGGCGUCACCCCGACCAUUGUGGCCGCCGCGGGAGAUGGCACCAAGCCGACAUAUGCUCACGCGUAUCGAACCGUUUUCCUAGCCAGCAUUGCAUUCGGAGGUGAGUUGCUCCUGGUCCUAUGA